UUCCUUCAGAAAAUGUUAGUUGUAGUUCAUGAAGAGCUGUCAAAGCAACUGGCUUUAUGUCUAACAUAUGGUAGUUUUAGUGCAACCAGCAGUAUUGCUCUUAAAUCUGUGAACGGCAGGAUUAUCCUGACAACAACCGUUCUUCCUCUGCCAGCCAUCUAACCCAACUGCGAGUCCAUUCUUGGGGCAUGGAGGCCCACAGUUCAGGGCAGCAGCUGUCACGGAAGAGAAAGAGAGAGGAGGGGUCAAAUGGAGAGACAGAGGAUGGAGAGAGGCCAGUGAAGGUCUUGCGCCACACGCCAGGCUUGACAGAGCCGGCCCCCUUCUCGGAUGAGCUGGAGGAGGCGAGUUGCGAGUAUAUCCGCGUGACUAUGGCAGAAGCACAGAAGGGAACUCCUCCUGAUCGGCCUGUAAGGGUGUACGCAGACGGUAUCUUCGACAUGUUCCACUCGGGCCAUGCCAGGGCGCUAAUGCAGGCUAAAUGCCUCUUCCCCAACACAUACCUCAUAGUAGGAGUGUGCAGCGAUGAUCUGACGCACAAGUUCAAGGGCUUCACGGUGAUGAACGAGGACGAGCGCUACGACGCGGUGAGCCACUGCCGCUACGUGGACGAGGUGGUACGCGAUGCGCCCUGGACGCUAUCCCCCGAAUUCCUGGCAGAGCACAGAAUUGACUUUGUGGCUCAUGAUGACAUUCCCUACUCGUCUGCGGGCAGUGAUGACGUCUACAAACACAUCAAGGAAGCAGGCAUGUUUGCCCCCACAGAGCGGACUGAGGGUAUCUCCACGUCAGACAUCAUCACACGCAUCGUGCGUGACUACGACGUAUACGCACGACGCAACCUGCAGCGAGGGUACACGGCAAAGGAGCUCAACGUCAGCUUCAUCAACGAGAAGAAGUACCACCUGCAGGAGCAUGUGGACAAGGUGAAGCAGAAGGUGCGCAACGUGGAGGAGCGCUCCAAGGAGUUUGUGCAGAAGGUGGAGGAGAAGAGCAUCGACCUCAUCCAGAAGUGGGAGGAGAAGUCACGCGAGUUCAUCGGCAACUUCCUGCAGAUGUUCGGCCCAGAGGGGGCGCUGAAGCACAUGUUGAAGGAGGGGAAGGGCCGCAUGCUGCAGGCCAUCAGCCCUCGCCAGAGCCCCAGCAGCAGCCCCACGCGGGAGGAGGAGCGGGACGAGCGCUCCCCCUCGCCCACCUUCCGCCUGCCCUUCUUCACCAAGACGCCCCCCUCCACCCUCUCCCCGCCCUCGCACAGCAGCAGCCUGCAGACCAUCAGCGAGGACGAGGACGACGAGGACUGAAUCAACCCUUUCCCUUUCCACAAACAUACACGCGUAUGCCCCCUACCUAUGCCAUUAGGGAGGAUGAACCAACUGACCCUCUAAAUACUCACCAACCUCUCUUCCUCUGACCAUCAGUGAAGACGAGGAUGAUGAGGACUGAACCAAUUGUGCCCCCCCCCACAUACAUACACACAUACAUACAUUUAUAUGCCCCCAUUAUGGAGGACUGAACUAACUGUGCACCCCCCAACCCCCCCCACCCCC